AUGGCGGACGCCACGAGGAAGUACCUGGUGCAGGUGGCGGAGGGGAGGGAGGCGGCGCCCGAGGAGGGCGGCGCGCCGUCGGCCGGGCCCGUCUACCUCAUGCUGGGACAUAUUCCGAAACGUCUUGUGGUUUCCUCCUCGUCGGAAUUAGAUAGAAGAUUCAGUGCAGGCAUGCAUUCAGAGGAACCUGAUGCUACUUUGUCUGUGGAAAAGUACCCUGACAACCCGAUGAUGGGCCGCCGUGAAAUCGUGGACGGAAAGGCUGGCAAGUACACAUGGGUGACUUACAAAGAAGUAUACGACACUGUGAUCAAGGUGGGGGCUUCAAUCCGGAGCUGUGGCAUCAACAAGGGAGGACGAUGUGGUAUCUAUGGAGGCAAUAGCCCUGAGUGGGUUGUCAGUAUGCAGGCCUGCAAUGCCCAUGGCAUUUACUGUGUUCCAUUGUAUGACACACUUGGUGCUGGGGCAAUAGAAUUUAUAUUGUGCCAUGCAGAGGUCGAAAUUGCUUUUGUGGAGGAGAAGAAGAUUGGAGAGGUACUCAAGACAUUACCAAACGCGACCAAAUUUUUGAAGACCAUCGUGAGCUUUGGUAAGGUCAGCCCUGAUGAGAAGGAAAAGGUUGAGCAGAACGGAUUGUCUAUCUACUCAUGGUCCGAGUUUGUGCUUAAGGGAGAUGGGGCUGAAGAGAAGUAUGAACUCCCUCCAAAGGAUAAGGCUGACAUAUGCACGAUAAUGUAUACCAGUGGAACAACUGGUGAUCCAAAGGGAGUUUUAAUCUCUAAUAAGAGUAUUAUCACCAUUGUUUCAGCAGUGGAUGAGUUCCUUCACAAUUCAAAUGAACAGAUUCGUGAGGAUGAUGUUUACAUUUCUUAUCUUCCGCUUGCCCACAUAUUUGACCGUGUGAUUGAGGAGGUGUUCAUUCACCACGGGGCCUCAAUUGGAUUUUGGCGUGGAGAUGUCAAACUCUUGGUUGAAGACAUUGGAGAACUCAAACCAACAAUAUUCUGUGCUGUUCCACGUGUGCUAGACAGAAUCUAUGGAGGACUUCAAGAUAAAGUCUCAACUGGUGGCUUCCUAAAGAAGACAUUGUUCAAUGUUGCGUACAAAUACAAACAAGGGAACAUGAUAAAAGGAAGCAAGCAUGAAGAUGCUGCUUCUAUUUUCGACAAACUAGUCUUCACCAAGGUGAAACGAGGACUAGGUGGUAGAGUGCGAGUAAUUUUAUCAGGCGCAGCUCCUCUAUCUAAUCAUGUCGAGGAGUUUCUGCGUGUCGUUACAUGCUCUCAUGUUCUCCAAGGCUAUGGUCUCACAGAGACCUGUGCUGGGUCUUUUGUUUCGUUGCCAAACAACAUGUCCAUGCUGGGAACUGUCGGCCCUCCUGUCCCAUACGUUGAAGUACGCUUAGAGUCUGUUCCUGAGAUGGGUUAUGAUGCAUUAUCAAAAGAAUCACCUCGUGGUGAGAUUUGCAUCAGAGGGGACACCUUGUUCUCAGGGUACUAUAAGCGAGAAGACCUCACCAAGGAAGUCUUGGUCGAUGGCUGGUUCCACACAGGAGACAUUGGUGAGUGGCAGCAUGAUGGAAGCAUGAAGAUCAUCGACCGCAAGAAGAACAUCUUCAAGCUUUCCCAAGGAGAAUACGUCGCGGUUGAGAAUCUAGAGAACAUAUUUGGUCAAGCUCCUAAUGUCGAUUCGAUUUGGGUGUACGGAAACAGCUUCGAAUCAUGCCUGGUUGCGGUGAUCAACCCCAACAAGCAAGGUCUGGAACGAUGGGCUGAGUCGAACGGGGUUAGCGGAGACUUUGCCUCGAUAUGCGGAGAUGCUAAAGCGAAAGAGUUCAUCUUGGAAGAACUGAGCAAAACUGGCAAAGAGAAGAAGAUAUAUCUGAGACAUGAUCGUUCUCUGAUUUUGUUGCAACAGCUCAAAGGCUUUGAGAUGAUCAGGGCUGUUCAUCUGGAGCCGGUGCUCUUUGACAUGGAGCGCGACCUCAUCACCCCGACUUACAAGAAGAAGCGGCCGCAGCUCCUCAAAUAUUAUCAGGGCAUCAUUGACGAAAUGUAUAAGAGCAUGAAGUAG